CCACCGCCACCGCCGCCGCCGCCCCAACACCCACCACGGUCCGCAUUCACGUUCCAGCCUCGCGUUCUCCGCUCUUCCGCUCUUCGCGUCUACUCGUUACUACUUACACGUUACGCGCGCACCGUCCUCGAGAGCGUGUCCUCGAACAUUCCCGACCGUCAUCUUCGGGCUGCUCUCGUUACAACGUAAUAUUGAGCAUGAAAACGCAUGCUCCAGCGUGAUCGCGAGGUCAAGGGUGCAGCACGACCUCGACCGGAAGUUAAUCAUUCGACGAGGCCCUCCCACGGCCUUCGGCAACUCCAAAUUCCGCGAGCCACCCUCGCCCUCGGCCCCGUGUCGAGCGCUGUGUCGCGCGAUCAACUUCCGCGACGCAACGGCAUGAACAGCGUAUGAAUCAAAAGCCGGAGGCCACCAAGUUCGCGAACCGACAGGACACGACGCGACGCGUCGCGCUACCGCGACGUGACGUGAAUUCGCAUUAGCGAAUUUGAUCUGCAUUCAAAUUCAUGGAUACACGAACAGAGAUCCACCGCUUCCUCUCGAGAAAGCAAUAUCGUCGGAAAGGGAAUCAACGUGGGAGGCGUAUCAACGAGUCGAUCGCAUUAAAUAAGACGAUACGAGUGAUAUCCUGCGAAGAUCCUCUCGUCGCCCCAAAUUAAAUCAAUUAAAUAAACCCCGGGGCGGCUCGGGGUUGAAUUAAAUCAAACUUUACCAUUUACGACUCGACCCGGUCUCUUUGUGUCGACCCCUUGAUCGCGACGCAAAUUUAUCGCGAAGGACGUUGUCGCUCUCUCGAAAACGAAGCAAGUUUUCGCCUUGCUGCAAAAUACACCUCCAAAUUGGAUCCACCGACAAACUUCUCGAGACAGUGAACUGUUGGUAGCUGGACGGGGGAGGAAGUUGCGGCCGGCGAAGUUAUCGAGUGGAUUCGAUAGGACGUCCCUGCGCGACCUCGAAACAAGGAAGAGUCAAAGAACCCCGCGAAGAAGGAAGCGUUUCAGAAAGGGCGAUCCUCUAACCGCGUCCUACGGAAACUUCGAGCGGAAUCCUCCUGCCUGCCUGCUUUCCUUCCUUGCUUCCUGUUUGCCUGUCUCGCUCCCUUCGCGAACUCCUCGGCGGUGAGGAGGACGUCAAUCUCGGCCGCCGAGCAGCCUCAGACUCUUCACUCUUCGACUCGCCAACUGCACUUCGGUGGCAUUGAAACAUGCGAGCCGGACGGUGAGGACGAAACCCCCGACGCGGAAGAGCGGCAAACCCCGGAGACAAUACCUUCGAUUCGAGAGAAGAAGAGAAGAGAGAUCGCCAAAUCGCGCGCGCGUCAGCUCCGCACGACUCGCGGCUACGAAGAUGGGCAAGAAGAACAGCAAGCUCAAGCAGGAUACCAUCGAUCGACUCACCACCGACACCUACUUUACGGAGAAGGAGAUCCGUCAAUGGCACAAAGGAUUCCUGAAAGACUGCCCUGAUGGACUGCUAACGGAGCAGGGCUUCAUAAAGAUCUACAAGCAGUUCUUCCCCCAGGGCGACCCGUCAAAGUUCGCCUCCCUCGUCUUCAGGGUCUUCGACGAGAACGCUGACGGCACGAUAGAGUUCGAGGAGUUCAUAAGAGCGCUCUCGGUGACGUCACGCGGCAACCUGGACGAAAAACUUCACUGGGCCUUUCGUUUGUACGACGUGGACAACGACGGCUUCAUCACGAGAGACGAGAUGUACAAUAUAGUCGACGCGAUAUAUCAGAUGGUGGGGCAGCAGCCGCAAUGCGAGGACGAGAACACGCCCCAGAAGAGGGUCGACAAGAUCUUCGAUCAGAUGGAUAAGAACCACGACGACAAGCUCACUCUGGAGGAGUUCCGGGAGGGCAGCAAGGCCGAUCCUAGGAUCGUGCAGGCGUUGUCGCUGGGCGGCGAGUAACCCCCGAUUUCCAUGGGCGAUCCAUCGAAAUCGGGAGAUUACGUCGUCGCCGUUGUCGUAAUUGUCGACGCGAGCUGGGCGAGCCGCACGCCUCGAUUAAUCGGCCGAUGAGGAACGACCUGAGAAAGGCAAGUCCACGUCCGCGCGGUUUUCGCAUGCACGUAACAGAUAGGCAAUAACGCGAGCGAACGAAACGGCGUCCGCGAGACGCGGAGAUUUUACGUGAGUAAUUUUGGGUUGGUCUCUCCCUCUCCCAUUCUCUGUCCGCCUCGUCACCGAGGAGGAUCUUGGACUAUCACACUUCUUUUCUACUGUCUUUCUCUCUCUCUCUCUCUCUCCCUUUCUCUCCCUCUCUAUUCUCUCUCACGUUCUCGGAGACAGAUCGGUUCUCGUUCCCCGUUGACGAAUCGAUCCCUCCGCCUUCUUCGUUAACGAUCGAUCCUCGAGAAUCUCGGUGCUAAAAUAGUAGGUGUCUCUAGCGUUCUCGAGUAAUUGUAGCUUUCAAGGAGACUGGACGUGGCGGAUUUCGCAUUUUUCGAUAGAUCGCGUUGCAGGCCUUUAAUACCAGAUAAAUUGUUACGUACGAACGAUGAAGGUGUAAAUCACUGAGGGGCAAAGUCCCGUCGGUCGCUGUCGGUCGUUUCCCGAGUCGAAAACGACUCCCCUCAUCUCCUCUCUUCUCCUCUAUUUUGCCCUUAUUCCGCCGGCGAAGAGGUAACAAUUCGAAGACACUCGACGAGUGCGCCGUUCGAAUUUCAACCAAGCUCGCCGGGGUUAUUUCCGAUUGCGGCGCGAUUCUACAUUAGGGAAAACGAGGAGAGGCGAAAAAGAGGCGGCUGGGUAGAUGGGAACAGAUAGGUGGGCACACAUAUAGCGAGGAAAUUGCAGCUGGCCUGAGUAUUCAAUUGCGAACAACUGAUAGUUAAUUGUUUGACGUUGCGUGCAGCGGGCGCGGAGGCGACGAGCAAAAAUUCCGAAAGUCACAAUGAGUUGUGUAUUUCAACAAACAACCAACCGACCGACCGACCGAUCGAUCGAUCGAUCGGCCCAGCAACAGCGAGACCGAUGAAAGCGAACAGAAGACGUGCGCAAAUUUCGAGAUCGCAAAUAGCGCAAUGACACCGUUGCGUUCUUCUUUGUUCCCUUCUACCCGCGUUCGUUCUUAUUUCUUACGCAACGCGACGCAACUCCAUCGAAUUUUCGCGCCGUUUUCAAUCAAUCAAAAGUCAAUCGCGAUCGCGAGCGCUAAUGGGAGCGCUUUUAUAUAACAUCGGCCGAUCGUCGUGGAUUAUUCAUCCUCAAAUGUCGGCCUGGCGAGAAUCGAAAAAGUAGCGAGACCGCGUAUUAACGAGCGUUACGUGCUACUGGCAAAAUUGCCGCGUCGAUUUGACGCCGGUCGACCGGUGUGUACCGGUGCCACUUGUGCGCGCGUGCAAGAUGACUUCUCUCGACAAACGCGGCGCCGGUCGCGAGUAUCGACUGCGAGUAUCGCGUUGCGUAACUCCCGCGCAUUAGAACGGCGUGGCGCAAAAAUUCGUCGCGUCUAUAGCGCGAGGAUACACCGAUGAUGACUGGGCAAACGGGCAAGAUGGAUAAUGGCAAUCUACUUUUCGCUAUUAAUGAACGUUGCGUGUUUACGUCACUUAGCAGGCGAAGCGGCCGGCUUCUUGUACAAUUUACCAGCUGCGGCGCGUGCACUAUCAAUGAAACACCCGCCGCGAGCCCGCAUUACGACACCGAAGAAAAGCGCGAGAAAUAUAAUUAAGGUAAACGCGCGCACAGGUAACAUGCCGGCUACCGCUCGAUUAUAACGAGCGGAGUUAUUAUCGGCUGCGCGCGCGCGCGCGCGCGUUGCGCUCCAGUAACGAGGGAUAUCCAUUGAAAACUGUACAGGCAAAAUUGCCGAAAGCAGAAAAGAGAGGAGGAAAAGAAGGGAGGAAGCGCGGCUAAUCAGAAUAAUAGAAUGCUUAUUAAACACGAAUACCGCGUCGUGAUAACAACCGAUCGUAGAAUAUUAACGAGCAAAGUUGCAUCCACUCCCGCAAAUCCCCUUGUAACUCGUGAAUCCACCCUUAAUCGCAAUCACCGAUCCUCCCUCGAUGCUCCACUUUCGAAUUCCGGCGACUCGAAUUUUCAUUUGAAACGAUUUCAGCGAUGUGAAAUUAACGAUCGGCAAAAAAAGAAUACCGGGCACGUGAUCUCGAAUUAGAUUGCAAUUUCAACGGAUUAAGAUUAAAAGUAAAAAGGAAAAAAGAACAAUGUACGCUGGCAGGGAAAGCGCGAAGGUGGAUUUGCACUUUCGCAAAAUGGCGAUCAAUGAGACGACAUAAGAAGACGCGUUUCUUUUAAAUAUUACAAAAAAGAUCAGAGAUACGGACAACGUGAGGGAGAAAUAUCAGGUAAUAGAGCGAGGAGGAGAAGGUGAUUAAGUUAAAUGAGGGGUAGGUCGCCUUCGAGUGAUCUUUGUGUUUCGCGGGAACGAUUAAGACAAACGAGGGGCAAUAAUUCACGUCGAAAAUUUCCUGAUUGAGGCGAUUGAUUUUCUAUAAUCGCGCACGCGGUGCAUAUAGGAGACAAUAAGGCGAGACAAAGAGCGAACUAUUAUCAACUACUACGACGACGACGAUGACAUUGCAUUUAGUUGGGGACGUCCGUCGCCUCUCCCACUUCUCACGACGGUGACAUUAUUGGUAUACGGAUUUAUUGGAAUUUCGGAUCUUCCGUUCACCGAUAUUAAGGAACGUCAGAUGGUCGUCGGAUGAUAGCGGGGAAAAUCCAGCGCGACGGAGCGACGGAGCGAAGGGAUGAUUAAAAGGAUGAAAUUCUAGCGUUACUUUCGACUUGAACUUUCUAACACCUGUAUAAUCUGAAGUAUCAGUGUUUUGGUUUAAUACGCGUGAAAGCUGAAGAAAAUUUAGCGCCUCAAAGUGGCAGAAGAGACACAAAAUGCCACAUGUAGGUUCUGAAGAAAGCCUCUCGGCAAAGUUGGUAAGUUAAAUAGAAUCAAAUGAGGUAGAUACAGGCUUCGGAGCACCAAAGCAAGCGUUAAAUGGAAUAUUGAGGUCAAAAUUAUAGGUACGUAACGUACAUAAGUACGUAACGUACAUGAGUACGCGCCGUGUCUCCGAUCGAUCCGCCAUGACAUUUUGCAUUCCGCGAGGUACGGCCGGACGAAUGUGGACAACGGGCUUAAGGAGAGAACAAAAGGAAUGAAAAGUGUGAGAAUCGCGAGAAGGGAGGAGGAUUCGGACGCGCAAGAACGGAGGGGUUGAAACGAGAAACGAGAAGCUGUCGGUUAUUCAGACGGCAUUUCUCGCUCGCGCGAGAUCGCUGGAUUCCACGAGACGAGACGAUGAGGGGCGAAAGCCUAGGGUCAUCUAUACAUCUUGCAUGGCUCGCGUCCCUCGGUCAAGCGCUUUUCAGGAAUAAAGCGUCCGCGACACGCGCGGUCUUAUCGCCGCCGGCGGAAGGCGAAUAGUUGUCGCCGCCGAGAAAAUUGCGAAAGCAUCUUGGCCAAAGCAAACCUGGCCCCGGCGAGAUAGCGCCAACUUAAAUAAGGUCCGAAAGGUUCGCCGACUUAUGAAAAAUGCAUAAGCACUCGGUCCGGCGCACUGGCCAUGCAAUAUGUAACGCAUCGUCGAGACUGCAUAGCGCGCGUCUAGCUGCGCGCUUCUCCGUCAACGCAACGCGUAAAACCGAGAAUUUGGCCGUGCACCGCACGGACAACGACUUUCGGUGUGCCUGGAAGACGUAUGUCGAGCUACCUGCAAAUUUUAUGAAGCGAGCGAGCGAGCGACGGGAGGUAAAACUGCGCGGUGAUUAAAAUGCGAGCGAGAAAGCCUGCAAAAACUAAUUCCAUCGUCGCACGGGGGUAAUCACUGCAAAUGCAAUCGCAUUAAUGAGCAAGUUUUCAAAUAAGUUUACGCAUCAUAACGGCCAACUGAUUGACUGGCUGGUUGACGAACGGUAAGAACGAAACUUUGUGAAAUCUCAUCCCGUAACAGUCAAUUAAAUGCUCGAAAUGCGAAGAGAGAGAGAGAGAGAGAGAGAGAGAGAGAGAGAGAGAGAAUAAGGAGAUGAAUAAAGAGUCCUCUUUGGAAAGCCGGAGUUCACGGUGCUAUUGAGUUUUCAAAGCGAUGUAUCUCUUUUCUAUCGCCACACGCUCGCUACUCCGCGAUGGAUGAUGUGUGUAAAGCAAGAAGAGAUACGAAUCAAUGUAACACAGCAAUGAGUCUCCGCGUGAGAGAGAAAUGUCGCUGAAACGCGACGACGGAGAUUCGCGAAAUCUCUGGGGAGAUUUAAGCACGUGACGCGUCAUGAAAGCGCGUGUUAUUACUCCAAAUAACGUGCACUCGUGGCAAAUUCGCAGGACGACAGAAAUCUCGCCGGAGUGACGCGUAAAAAUCAACUCGAUGAGCGAUGAGAGCGAUGAGACGACGACGACGACGAUAGCGCUCGGUGCAAUAAGCAAAUAUUAAUUCUGCGUGAUAUAUGCGUUCGAUUUCGCGGCUAAAUAAAUUGUCCUCAGUCUCAGAAUUCUUCCGCGUGAUUUAAGAACCGUUAUUCAUACUGCCCGCGGGCCGACCGCACAAUGCCGCGAAAUUCCAUGAAUCUUCCCGACCAACUCGCUUGCUCGCUUUUUAAGCACUGCGUUAACGCCCGAAAUUUUAACUAUGCAGGACACGCGAUACGUUAUUCAUGCGUUUUCCACCGGAGCGCGCGCGUGCACGAGCGCCUCAAUCUCUUGAUUUUUCACGAAAAUUUAUGCUGACCCCGCAUCCAGCCCGGUUGUAACCUUCCCACGCGUAGAAUUAUGAGUGGCUCGGCCAGCAUCGGCGUCGCGAUAAAAUGCUACCGUCACCUUGCCCUUGUGUUUCAAUCUUUUUCGCACGGCGGAAAGACCGGUAUAUCGGAAGGAAACGGCUAUACAUUCCUCAGGAUUCUUCGCGAUAUCAUUGUGCGUUCGCGCGCUCCGAGACUCAUUUUUCACGACGCUCCGCGAAUUUCUGUCGUGCGGUGUGCGUGAGAACAGCUAAGCGUUAGGUCGUGAAAUUUACGGGAUGUAACAGCAAGAGCUCUCUUGUCGCGACGUCCAUAUUUCUCUGCAGUUUUAAUCUCGGUAGGGGUGAGUAACGAGUCUUGUCACUUUUCCCAUCGAUGUCAAAUUUACAUCAGUUAUGAGAAUAUCCUUCUCUGCCGUCUCAUCUUUUCUUAAUCUUUUAGCCGCGCAUGGCGAACUCACCGACGACUCUCAGUUGUAAAUUCAAGCCGCGCGCGCGUGCUCGCAUCCUCAACACCGGCGCGUCGUCCACAACCCCUUCGACGAUUCACCCCCGGACUCACCCCUUCGUGCUCCUUCGUUCGCUUGCACUCUCGCUCAAGUUCUCACGUGGUCAGAAUUUCAUUCCAGUGGUGUGACUACGGAUAAGUUUAUUUCCGACUGAAACAUGAACUAUGGCCAAAGCCCGCAAAGUCUUUCUUCCUCCAUCCCUCUGGAAAACUUUCAGUUUCUCCCUCGAAGUGCGCCGGCCGCGAUUCGCCAAAAACUCGUUCCCUCCGCAAGGGAUAACGACGUCGUCGUUCCUCGCGUUCCCGAUUUACUCUCCAAUUCGCCGCUAAUUUCGUAACCCCCGCGCCAAGAUUUACAGCCGGCUGAAAUUUGAGCUAUUCUUCAACCCUUCCUUUAUUUCCCACCUUUCCAUUCGUAAAACCCCCCGGUAUUUCCCGCAACCGCCGCCGCCGCCGCCGCCAACCCCGAGCAUAUUUUUCUUCUCACUGCUUGCUUGCCCGCCCGUGCGCUUGCUCGUUCGUUCGCCUUACUUUUUCAACCCCCUCCAACGAGCUCGUUUCACUAUUUUCUUUACCGAGGGUUGCGCUGGCGGAACACAUGCAGCGAGCAAUGGCGCGUUUAACAGAUUCGAAUUCAGCAACGCGAUGAUAACAGAACGUAGGAAAUGCCGAAAUAAACGUUCGCGCAUCGCAGUACAUUAGCUUGGCGGGAAAGAGAGAAAGCCAAGCACGCGGCGAUUAAUUACAUCCGUGAUGAACUCGAGAAGCAUUACUCUCGAGAAGCAUAACUCUCGACAUCGCGUUCGCUUAUGACCGCUUAAAAGGCGUUCAAGAGAAUUCGCGCCUGUAACUGCUAUUAUCCGCUUCAGAAUUAUAGACGUACUCCAAUUGCAUCUAGAUACACACACACACACAGUCUCAAAAACAUUUCGUACAAAUAACACGUCGCGAAGGUCAUCUCGCAAAAUUUGCGUCCGCGACCGCGUGCCCGUUCGUCUACGACCUACUGACGAGCAAAUAUUAACCCGUCCUCGUCGAGCUGCCUGAAGUGCCGAUCCCUCAAACGUGAUCGAGGUCGGGAAUAAUUGGCGGCGAAAAGGUCAAUUUCCGUAAUUCAUCAGCAGCCAGCGCCGUCGCGCCGAUGAGAUAUCAAUCACUCGUUAUGGAUCAAUGUGAUCCUUUUAUUUAGCGCCGUCAAAUAUUUACGAUAUACGAACGACACUCGCGCGAGCGGACGAUGCAUCGUGCGCGUGUCCUCGCCUCGAAACGGCGAACGUUUUCUCUGCGUGACGGGCAUCGCAAAACGACUCUGAUAUUGGCAAACUUCCCGCGGCGACUGUGUUUUUUCUUCUCUUCUCCCGUCAGCAAUCUCUCUCUCUCCUCUCUCUCUCUCUCUCUCUCUCUCUCUCUCUCUCU